GAGCCAAUCACGAGGUAGCAUUACAGCCAGAAAACCCGAUUAGAGAUCCCCGUCCGGAGUUGUCAUUUUGCUUUAGCUGCCUGUAGCACAGCCUGUGGGGAGAAUCGAAACUAAACCUCUUUUUUUUGGAAAAUGUCGUCUCCGUGUGGCAAGUGCAACAACUGUCCCUGCGGCACCAGCGGUGGAGCCCCGCCCCCUCAGCAGCCGCCCCACCGCCCGCCGCCCUCGUACGCCCACCAGCCGCAGCAGCAGCAGCAGAUGCCGGAAAGCUGUCCGUACCCAGGGCCCCAGGGAUAUGGGACAGGAGCAGGUGGCUGCCAGGCACAGGGGGCAGGAGCAGGGCCAGGUGGUUGCCAGGGACAAGGGGCAGGAGCAGCACCCGUAGCUGGUAAUUGUCAGGUGACCUCGUACCAGCCGCCUGGUGACCCCGCUCCAUGCAGCGUGUACCAGAACCGGGGACCUCCGACCGUGGAGUGCACCUGCACACAGAACCGGAACCGCAACACCCCUCCCGCCGUCCAGGCGGACCACAUCACCUGCAGCCGGGGUCCCCGGGAGCAACCGCCCGUCAUGGAGACCCGCUGCACCUGCCACGAGAAGCCGGCCAAGGUGGAGUGCUACUGCGCCCCGCCGGUGGCCCCGCCCCCCAACCAGCAGCAGCAGGCGAUGGCCCAGCCCACCCAUGCCAACGUGACCUGCGGACAGAGCCUGCCCAGGGGCCCGCAGCCCUAUCGCAACCAUCACCACCAGAGCCAGAACUCCUGCGGACACUGCCGGUCGCAGAAGAAGCAGAAGAAGUGCCUCAUCCAGUGAGGAGAGACGAUAGAUCC